AUGGACAGCAGCAAGGAUGCUUGUCCUGGAUCGGGUGCCGGAACAGGCGAGUUGGAGCAUGAAGAGAGCUUGCUCGACAUCAAAGCAUUGACGCAAAUACUCACAUCUGAGACAAUCAACAAUUACGCCGGCGUUGACUCUGAGUCUGCGACCGACUCAUAUGAUGACAACCAACGCGGGGAAUUUCUCGCGCUCUUGGCCAAGAAAAUGCGGGAGACAGAUUCUGUUGCGGCAGCAGCACCUGCUCCUCCACCCGUCAACGACUCCGCUGCCGCCCCCGCCGCCUCAAGCACCACAGAUCAGGCAGAAGACGGUCAGGAGCGAUUGGUCCUCGUCCAUACCGGCAAGGAGUAUCUCGAACUAUCUCCCCGCAAGCGUAUACAGGGGAACUCUAAGCUGCAGCGAGCUGCAAACAGUGGCUCAAAGGAGACAAUGGUGAGAGGUCAUUCGUGGACAGCAGGGCUCUUGGAAGAGCACAAGCUCGAUGAUCUCGUACGGCCAAUGCCACAUUGGAACGAGAAGCAGCACUACGUGUAUGGCGUCACGGCGGCAAUAACGGAACUUCACAUCGACAAGCCUGGCACUGCCGACUGGUUUGCUUGGACCCGCGAGAAAGAGCAAGCGCGCGUCAAGAAUCUGACCAAGACAAAGUCCGGGGCAGAUGAAGCAGCCAGCAGCACGGUGCCAUCUAUCGCCGAUCCGAACGUCCCAGAGGUCUUGAAGUCAGGAGCAGACCUAUUUGUCAGUUACAACGACGCACAGCUGGCUGAAGCCCUCCACGAUGCAUAUACCGAGUCCAGAGUCGCUAAAGCGAACACUGCGAAAGCAGUCGUUGCGGCGGCUGAGGUUUGCCGCAAUCUUGGCAGCAAGCUCUCUGUAACGAAAGGGCACGAGAAGCGUCUGGCGCUCGCAGAUCGUCUCGCCCUAUCUCUCGCGACCGCGAUGUCAAGCUUCACAGAUGACUUCAAGUAUCUGCGAACCAGAAAGCUUAAGCACGCAAGUCACGUCUACACGACAUUCACUGAGGCCUUCGCAGCCAACAGCGACGCAAUCAAGGCACUCGCUCUUCUUGAUAUCACCCAAGAGAAGCAAGUCGCAUCCAAGGGCACAGCACUCAAGAUCAACGAAGCUGAUAAGACCUUCGAAUUGAACCAAGCACGUGCUCGCGAUAGGCACCGCCGGACCUCCUCACGAAAUAGGACUACUUCUAGUCUCAGUGACGCAACUGACAAACUGAACAGAGAGCUAAACUUGGAUCCUGCGGAUAGGACUGACUUGAUUUUCCGCCAGCGAGGAAAUGCAGAGCCUCCUCUGACAAUGGUUAAGUGGGCCGACGAGGUCUUGUCAAAGAGCUUGACUAGAGGUGGCCUCUGUGGAGACGGGAUCGGAACGGGUAAAACCAUCGAGUAUUCCGCUCUCAUCCUACGUAAUUCACUUCACUCGCAUGCUACGUACCGACAAUUGGCUGAGAGUGAUCAGCCCUUGCCAGAUUGCAGGCCCUGGCUUGUCCUUACCCUUGCCAGCCUUGUAGGAGAAACCGCGAUAGCCAUCCACCGAUUCGCGCCAGAGCAUUUCAAGGUUGUUGCCGUCAAAGGAAAAAAUUUGAGUUUACCAACGUCAAGAUCAUUUCCAGACAGUCUGGUGGAGUACAGCCGGCUCUGCCACACCGAUUCUUACUUUGACCCCACGCAUCAGGACAACUUCCAUACUAUAGUGGUCAUGUCCUAUCACACGUUCGCUUCGCACCAUGGCCCAAUAGCGCAGGCAAAGUGGGAAGCUAGCGGAGGAUCGUAUCCAGAUCGGAAGGAUUUGAGUUCCGGUAAGCCUGGUGGAAACCCAAAGCAAGACGCCAAAAAGAAGGGUAACGCGAAGUCCAAGACCAGCGCUCGCUCUGACAAGCAGAAGCGCAAAGGCCGAGGACGCAUUUCAGAAGACCCAAAGAUCCCUGAUUCUAAUUGGGCAUUGUCCCCUCGACACAAGUUCGCGGGAAUCGUAUUGGACGAGCCACAGUUCUCGUUGAGAAACGCUAACCGCCACCGAUUGACUGUAGAAUGGGCAGAUGCUUCAGAAGUCUGGUUGUUCACAGGGAGCCCUGCGCCGCGCGGCCUGCGAGACUACGGCUCCUACCUGAAGCUAAUCUCUCGUGGUGACCUCGAGGCUGAGGCACAACGGCUAAUGACGCCGAAGACUAUACCAGGCGCGGACAAAAAGAUUGUCCAGUUCAGUGUCGAUGUUGAAGGGCGCACUCUCGACGAGUCUGUGAACGUGUACGAACUCCAAGAGGACGACCCACGGCGGAAGUUUGCAUACACAUCGGCUUUCUACUCGUUCUGGAUAGGAGGCGCCUUGGAUGAGGAAGACGAUAGAGUGAACGAUCCUGCAAAACAUCACAAGGAUGCCGCUUUUGCUCGGGGAUGCCUGAAAGACUGGAUCAUGCGACGUGACGGGAAAUCGAGGUUUCCCCGUGAAACAGGAGACCAGAUCCUCUCAAACUUGAAGGAACUCAAUCAUUACGAAAUUGAGACGUUGUUCUCCCCUUCAGCUCAACAACAGUAUGAAGUUGGUGUCGAAGCAUGGACUGGUCGCUUUGUGAUAACAGACGACAUCACAGGAAAGCGACGUCCGAACCCUCGUGCUGGGAAAGCGGUCAGCGCUAUGGAAUUGUUUCCACCCUUGAGACACUUGCACGUACCCAAUUCAAGAUGGCAAGCAAAACACGACGCCGAGCAGGCUGUGAAGAAGGCAGCAAAAGAGAAGAGACGAGAAGAGAACCUAGUGCGGAAGAGAGGAAAGCUUGACAGUGGUGUGAUCGAUGACUCGGGUGCCCACAGCCGUCUACUCAAAACCCCUGAUGGUGACUACGUACCGGAGAAGCCAACCGAAGAAGACGCAGCAGAGACCGAUAUCAACCUACCGCAUGACGAUUCCGACUCUGAAGACGACGAAGACGAGAAGACAGAUGUGCUCAGACCCCAAGGAGACUGGUUCUCAUUCUUCUGGGAGUAUUCGGACUUGGCUCAAGGCUUCCCUCAGGCAGCAGGUCAAGAUCUGCCACAGUGGAGGUACUUGAUCCGGAACAUUGUCAGCACUGACACGUACAAGGAAGAUAUGCGUGGUGUUGACGUACACUUUAGUGUUAGCACUUCAUUGUUUAGUCUGCAAUCGUGGCACUUCGCCCGGCUGACAAGUUCGCCUGCUGCAAGUCUGUAG